GGUUUGACACUAAAAUUCAAAGCCCGAUGUCUGUAAAAUUUUAGCUAUAUUAUUUCAGAGUAAUUAAUUUGCUAUUAAAUGCCAUCCAGGACUGUGUGUGCAUUUUAGAGUCUUUUUUCCACCCACUGGCAAUAUUACUUUGGACACAUAACUUCAUCGCUUUUGAAUUUCCUUUUGGGGCACCUGGGUGGCUCAGUCAGUUGAGCGUCUGACUUCGGCGCAGGUCAUGAUCUCACAGCACAUGAGUUCGAGCCCUGCAUCAGGCUCUGUGCUGAUAGCUCGGAGCCUGGAGCCUGCUUCAAGUUCUGUGUCUCUCUCUGCUCCUCUCCCACUCACACUCUGUGUCUCUCUCUCAAAAAUGAAUAAACAUUACAAAAAAUAAUACAAAACUAAAUCUGAAUUUCCUUUUCUGUAAAGUGGUAAUCAUAAUAGCAGCACUCUGAUAGAGUUGUGAGAAUUUAACAAGAUGAUGCAGAUAAAGGGCUUAACUAAUGACUGCCCUUUAGCAACUACCCAAAAAUAAUAGCUAUGACUUCUUAAUCUUGGUAUUGGCUUAGGAAUUAUAAAAACUCUCUUUAUUUUGUUUUUAAACAUUUUAUUAAAUACAUCAUUCCACAUUUACCAUGUGUCCAUCCACACUGAAUGAGUCCUUUGCAGUACAUUUUUAGUGAAUUUAGUAUAGUAGUGGUGGUCUUGGACAAUGGGCAUUUCUUCGAGUCCCAGUUAUCAUAUGCCUGUCAUCUUAAUGUCAAAAGAGCUAAAGGAAUAUGGACCAAUGAGAGCUUCAAAAUGAGUACGUGCUGCAGAAUUGUUUUCUAAAAAUCCAUUCCAUGCUAAUGAUAACAGUCCAUAAUAAAAGAAAUUUAAAUCCAGAACUAGAGAUGAAAAUGUAGUUCCUGCUCUUUUUUUCCUUCAUACUUUGUAAACUUUUCCUUUGUCCUGUAUGAUGGACAGAGGUUGUUUCUGACCUUCAUGUUGUAUUUAGCAAAAUAACAAAGACUCAUCCUGUUAUUUUACCUUACCUUGUCCUUAUCUUUGAAGGUCAAAGACUGUUUUGUCUGCCUUUGCUAGCCUUGCUUGUUUCCUGACAGAAUUGGUAAGAGGCCUCUUGGUAGUCAAGUUUGUUGUCACAGAUUAAGUUGAAAAGAGAGGGAGGAGUCAUGGAUGCCAUUGAUCACCACUGAGUGUUUGUCCUUUCAAAUAAGAAGUGAAUCACCUUUUGCUUAGACCUUAUCAUGGGUCUGAUACUCUCUAGAUGCCUUUAACAAAGACCCAGCUCACUUUUUAACAGGUUCAAUUGUAGCUGAUAGAGAAAACAACAACAACAACAACAACAGUUAAUGACUUCACUGUACAUUCACCCUAAGUACCCAUAGGAACUGGUUUUGUGAAUAUGUACUAACCCAUAAGCUGAUUAUUGUUUUGAAGGUUAAAGUUGUAAGUAUUUUCCCUUCUGCUAAUCAGCUGCAGUGACCUAAGGAAUUGAAGUCAACAGGAAGUGAGGCAUUUAUUCAUUUCUCAUGACAUCCCAGUCAUGUAGCCUUCUAUUGGCCAGAGAUGUCUCUGUGGGUCAGAAAGACUUGGGCAGCUUUGUGAAGCCCUGCAUUCGUGCCUUCCAUUUGUGAGAUUAUUCAUUUACUUUGAACUGACUCUUUGGAACCUUUGAAGCUCUUACCAUAGGUUGACAGCUUCAUGCCAGACGUAACAGCAUUUCUAGAGCAGGGAAAAGACGAAGUUCCAAAAAGAAUGAGGUUGCAAAAUGGAGCCCCAGAGGAUGAAGACACAGAUUAUACAGGAGGGAAAUUAAGGAUUGCACGGCAUUGCUUUGACAAGCACAUCCUGUUGUCUUUUCAGAGAUCUCAAUGAAGAAUAAUCUCAAAGGAACAUUUGUCUCCCCGUACCUCUGCUAAUGGCCAUUAGCCGCUAGCAAAUGCUUUUAAUGACCGAAAAAACAUCAACUACCCUUGGUUUUGGUCUGCUUUAGGCAGUCGAAUGAAGGUUUUUUUCAGUUGUUUCCAGAACUCUAUUGCUGAAGCACCUCUCUUUGUUGGGUGAACGUUCAUGAAGCCCUUUCCUGAAGCAGUGUAGAAGCCUUAGGGCUCUUGGAGUCUAUGACAUGGAAGCCUUGGAAGUGGAUGAUAUCAGCCCAGCCUUGGAAGUUACUGAGGAUUUCUUCAGUACUUUUGACAGUAAGCUAGAAAAGGCUGUGCAGCAAGCUGAGGUUUAUGGGAUUCAGGAAGUCCCCGAAUUGGUGGGGCACGAGGUACUAAGUACCAUAACAGAUAAUGGUGCUAUCAGAAAUGUUGCCUCCCUGGGCAAGGGGGGCCUGAUUUGGGACCACUGUAAGAGCAGGCUCUUAGAAACCAAAGCUCAAAAUGUCUUCCCUGCCAAAGAACAGUUUGUGGUUCAGAAAGGGACAGCCCCAGAUAAUCUUUCCUGGAUGGAACAAAAAGAAGCUUCAACCUUUAACUUUUUCAACAUCUGUCAGCGUCGGAGGGACAGACCUCGAUCCGUGAAUGACUUACUGGAUGAGACCUCUACUUUCAAGCCAGGGCAUGCACGUUCAAGAUCAGAUAUUACCCAAGUGGACUGGAGGCUGGUCCUCAAAACCAUGCCUCUGCAGCGGCAGCAGCAGUCGUCUCUUCAGGGCCCUCAUUUCACCAGGCCGUCCUUUCUGUCGUCCUUGCCGAAUAAGGUAGAAGAUGCUCAAGGAAAUACUGAACACAAGCAAGCAUUCCCAAAUAUUCUGAAGAAGGGGUACCUGGAGAUCAGGAAGGACCAUGACAGUUACUGGCAGAGCUGUUACGCAGAACUCUCACCCUACAACUUAUCCUUCUACAGCCUAGACAGCAGUGGCAAUCAAGCCCUCUAUGCCACCUGCCAGCUUUCACACUUCCAGAGCAUUUCCGUGUUGGGCAACCUUGAGGCCAGGCUGGUGGAUACUGUUCUAUAUGACAACACUCAGCUCCAGUUAAAGGCAGAGUCACCAUGGGAGGCUUUGGACUGGGGGCAGAAGCUUUGGGAAGUCGUGCACGCCGCGGUGCCUGGUUACGUGGGAAGGCAGGAUGAGCUGGCAAACUCCCCAGGACUUGGUCACCACGCUGACUGUACACAGAACCAUUGUUUACAGAAGAAAUCCAGUGAGCUGCUCGCGCCAUCACCUGUCUUGGAGAGCCCCAAACAAUACCAAAACAUCAUCAAAUCAGGGACGCUGUACAGGCUAACCGUCCAAAACAACUGGAAGGCAUUUACUUUUGUGCUGAGCAGGGCCUACCUUAUGGCUUUCCAUCCCGGCAAGCUAGACGAGGAUCCCCUGCUAAGCUACAAUGUGGACGUGUGUCUGGCUGUCCAGAUGGACAACCUAGAUGACUGUGACUCUUGCUUUCAAGUCAUUUUCCCCCAAGAUGUCCUCCGCCUCCGUGCAGAGACCCGGCAGAGGGCUGAGGAGUGGAUGGAGGCCCUGAAAACAGCGGCCAAUGUGGCGAGGAGUUCAGAGCAGAACCUGCAGGUCACCCUGAGGAGCAGACCCAAGGAUCAGAUGGGCAGGCAUGAACUCAGGAAGAACAAGCGUCAGUCUGUGACCACCAGCUUCCUCAGCAUUCUGACAACCUUGUCUCUGGAACGAGGACUCACCGCUCAGAGUUUCAAAUGUGCAGGAUGCCAGCGAUCCAUAGGCCUUUCCAACGGGAAAGCCAAGGUGUGCAACUACAGUGGGUGGUAUUACUGCAGCAGCUGCCACGUGGAUGACAGUUUUCUUAUCCCAGCACGCGUGGUCCACAACUGGGACACUUCCAAAUAUAAGGUAUCUAAGCAAGCCAAAGAGUUUCUGGAGUACGUGUACGAAGAGCCCCUGAUCGACAUCCAGCAGGAGAACCCGAUGCUGUACCGACACGCCGAGCCGCUGGCCACCGUGGUGCGGCUGCGGCAGCGGCUGAAAUCGCUGCGAGCCUAUUUGUUCAGCUGCCGGGCCGCCGUGGCCGAGGAUCUGCGCCGCAGGCAAAGGCAACAAAAGCAAAAGCAAAAACAAAAAAAUCAAAUGGGACUACAUAAAACUAAAAAACUUUUGCACAGUGAAGAAAACCAUCAACAAAAAGAAUUUUCCCCAGAGAAUACCUCCUUCAACAGAUCCACCUGUAUUCCCUCGCUGAUCUGCAGCAGGAAGUCAUUGCUCCUGAAGAACCGGGCCUUGCCGGAGCUGUUCACCAGUAUCCCCAGCACUUGGAACACCACCUGGCAGAAUGCAGACUCUGCAUGUAAUUCGAUAGAAAAACUGAGCGACCUUCCUGAAAAAGCAAAACAAAUAAGGAUGAGGACUUGGCCUGAUCAGAAGAGAAGUCUAGCAAUAAAGAGGUCUGUAGAGAAAAGGGAGGCAAGUUACAAAUGGGGGGAUCAUGACAGCAAAAAAGAAAAGCAGAAGUGUUCAACUUGGAACACUGGAAGAAGAAACAGCCAAAGCUGAGUGGAGAGGAAGAAGAGGCAAUAACGAUGUUACCAAGAAGCAUGCUAUAGAGACAGAAGAAACAGUUCCUCCCCUGGAAAAUGGACAGGGACUAAAGAAGAUGGAUAUUUUUGAAAUUCAGACCCUUCUGAAUGAGGCCACCAUCAAGGUAAACCCACAGUAGGGUCUAGAGUUUGCUAUAAAUUUCCAAGUGACCUUAUCUUGUAGUUUAACAAACUAAACAUGUAUUUGCCCGCUAUCUCUUGCCCUACCUAACCUUGAGCAAGAUCUACUAAAUUAAUACCCUCUCUUUCUACUUGACUGCCCUGGCAGUGCUGUUGUUCUCUCUGUACUAAAUAUAGUUCCAGGGACAAAAGGGAUGAAACACAUGAAAGGCAACAGCUUAGCUUAUGUUAAUAUAUGUCUUUCUUGUUCAGGACCAACUAAUCCAUCUCAGGAGCCCCCCAGAACGACUGCUUUUUGAUGUUAGCUUAUUUAUUUGAUGAUAGUAGUGAUGAGUAAGUCUGUCCUUACUAUAUUUCACAAUAUGAAUUAAAUCAUAACGUGUAGCCACUGUGAGGGUUAAAUCCUGUUAAUGCUAUUGUUUACUCUAAAUAGAGGGGACAUUGAUUUCAUAAUUAAAAGCCUAAUAUAUUUGGAUGGCCUUGUUUACCUAAGUAGCGAUUUACAGUUAAGAUCCCAAAAGCCCUUCUGUAUGGUGUGACCUUUUUGUGUCAAAGGCAUCGUGUGGUAUGCCUCAAAGGCAAAAAUAUAUCCUUCAACCUUGCUCUUAGCCAAGAAAAUUGGGCAUGGAAGGAAACAAACCAAACAAACAAUAAAUUGCUGUAGAUGCAUGUGCACUAAGUUAUUCAUUUUUACUCAAAUUAGUAAAAGAAUGGUCGUUCUUAUUUCCUAACUGUUCUUUCCAGAAAUACAUUACUAUAUUACUAUAUGCCUGAUACAGCUUAAUAUAAGCCUUCAGUAUCCUAAUUUGGCAUUCCUCAAAGUGUGGUUUAAGAAGAACAUUUUUGAGCUCUUAAUGUGCUAUUUACAUUUCUAAGAGAUUUGCAUGUAUCUAUCAUUCCAUCCUCACAACCAGCCUGUGCAGUGGGUUUUAUUAUUAUGCCCAUUUCUUAGAUGAAAACCUUAGGCAGAGCAGGUAAAAAUAAUUUGCCCAAAGUCACCAGCUAGGACAUGGAAAAGUAUCAAAAUUCAAACUCAGGAAGACCAACUUAGCCAGUGCUUUUCAUUACUAUACAAGGACAUCUCUGAUUUCAUGGAAUUUCUACCAAAAUGCAACUGGUUGGUACAAGAGAUGGACGUGGCAUUAAAUGACAUUUAAUCACAUAAUGAGAAAAUUAUUCCCUUCGCUCUCUUUCUGUCCUUGAGGUUAAAUUAAGCAACGACUUAUUUUGGUGCGACUUGAACCCCUAACAUCUGCUAAUCUUUUUUUUUUUUUUUUGAACAGAGUUGGUGGCAGGCUAGGGGUGUUCCAGCAGUUGUGUUAUCUUGAUUUUAUGGCAAGGGAUGCUGGUUUUCCAUUUGUGGUAUUCAUGCAAGGCUUUCAUUUUUAAACAAACUUACUUAAGUAAAUGACUCCAUUUAAAUAAAGCAUUAAGUAAACAACACAGGUGGAAUGCAGCUAUGACAACGUUUGUGAAGGUGUUUUCACACCAUUGAAGUUUGGGAAACAUUGUCCUGAUUCUUCUAUUCUGAAGUGCACUUUAAUGCAAUGUUUUUGGCAAACACUGAGUCAGAUUUCUUGUGUUCUUAUCAAAAAGAUCCCUCCCUCCCUCCCUCCGUGGGGGGGGGGGGGGGGCUCACCUGCCACGGAGUUUUCACCAGAGCAUAGAGAAGAGAAAAAUAUAUUGUAUUGAACUUUUUUUUCCCCACAAUAACCUAUUUUCUUUUGCCUUCCUGAGAGUUUUUACUUUAUUUUUUUUUGUAGUGAACUUUUAAUCACACCUCAUAAUUUUUCCUGAAAACAUACUAUUUCUGCUUUUUUGGUGUUAAAAUCCCAUUACCUUCUUGUGAAAGGAUAAUGAUAGUCAAGAGAUUUUUGUUUGGUUUCUAAUAUCCUUACUCGGCAAAAGUAAAAAUUAGAAACUUAAAAAAAAUUGUACCGAUCCUGAAAACAUGAAAUUUGGGUGCCAUUGCUCAGUCACUGUUCAUGGUAGGAUUCCUGUUCGUUGCCUAGCAGGCUUGAGUACUUCAGGAAGGGUAAUGUGGAAUCAUGCCAAUCUCUUUCUAAAGUGCAUUCAAGCCUUUUCUUCAGGGAAAUUAUUAAAGCACUCUGCUUGUGAAAUUCUCUUUAUUCUCUAGGUUUCUGGUUUUCCUAUCAGGACUGCAAUGCUAAUUAUUAAUAAAAUCCUUUUUGAAAGUUGAGGUGCCCCUGAAAUAGUUACUGUGAGCAACCAAUCCAUUGAAAUGCUGAUAUUUGUUAACAUGUUUAUUUCAUUUUUCACUUCCAAAAUGGAAAGUUCAGAGCACAAUUGAGAAAUACUUGGUCAUUGGUUUUUUGUUUGUUUUUCUUUAAUGUUGCUGCUGUUGUUUCCGGGACUUAAGAGAAUAGAGAAGCUAAAAAAUCUUGGACAUAUUUAAGAAAAAAAGUCACUUAUUUUUCUUGACUUCAUGCUUUGAUCAAAACAUUAUUUUACAUGAGAUUUCAGAGUUGAUCUAGAAGGAGGCCAUUGGGAGAUGCAGAAAGAUUUGUAAAAGGGAGAGGAGGCCCCAAAUGCCCAAUGUCAAGGAGGCUGGAGUUGGAGGGGUUAAUUUUAAGUCCAAAACACAGACAAGUAGCAAAGUUCAAAGACUCCUGCAAAAUUUAAGAUGAUUUCUCAGGAUAAGUCAGAGUCAGCCAGGGAAGAUCUGGCCUGUUGAAGGCUGGCAUUGGCCAGCAACCCCGAAGCAACAGGAUCAACGCCACAGUCAAUGCUCUAAGGAAGACAAUAGAAACUAGUCAAAGGUCUCAGACUGAGACAUUCCCAGCCCCUAGAUCACCCUGUAAACUCAAUGGAUAUGACUGGCUUUCACAUUUUUUAUUUCACUAACUCUAAGACGUCUGAGUAGCCCUGUCCCUUAUGUGGCUUUCCUUGUACCUUAAAGGAUCUUUGUAGAGAGGCAGGUUCUCAUCCUUAUCUACCCAAUGGCCUCACUUUCAGCAGCAGAUGGCAAUGGCAUGUUUCUGGCCUGACACUAAGCCCCAUGUCCAUAUGGAGUCUUUCAUGAUCCAGUACAAAGGGACCUGGAACAGGUCUAUCAGACUAAUGUCAUCUUUUUUCUCUUGGGAGUAGCCAUGACCCAGAGAACCUUCAGAAAGCAGGGCCAGACAAAUAUGUGGAUGCUCCAGCAGGCUAAUAAUUUAGCAUCUUCCUCAUUGGUACUCUUAACUUACUUUUAGUAGGUACUCAGAUGGUAUUUAGUAUAUUUAGUAGAUAAGGAAAGGGAGCGACAAACUGAUUAUCAAUAAAAAUACAUUAUACUUCUUUCUGUUGAGAAUGAAGAAUUACAGGGCACCUGGGUGGCUCAGUCGGUUAAGCAUCCAACCCUUGGUUUUGGCUCAGGUCAUGAUCUCACAGUUUAUGGGUUCAAGCCAGGCAUCAGGCUCUGCUUGGGAUUCUCUCUCUCUCUCAAAAUAAAUAAACAUUUUUAAAAAAUGAAAAAUGUAUUACAUACUCUAACAGUAGCACUACCUUUUUAACUUACUUGGAAUGAGAUUCCUAAUAAGUAUUUCUAUAACUCUGAACUGGAUGGUGUUAGUCACAGCCUCUCCAAGAGUACAAGCAACAUACAAGGAUAUAAUUAUAAGGUCUUGAUCAAAAUAUACUUAAGGUUUUUUUUUUCUGGCUUUCAUCUCAGCAAAAUGUUUCCAACUUUUUCAGAUACCAGAUUUGGUCACCAUCAGUUUUUCUUUUUCUUGCCUAAUUGUCUUAGCUAGAACCUCCAGUAAAAUAUUGAAUAGAUGUGUUAAAAACAGACAUCCUGGUCUAAUUCCUGAUCUUAAGAGUAAAACAUUUGGUCUUUCAUCAUUAAAUAUGCUUUUAACUUGAGUUUUUCAUGGAUAGCCUAUAUCUGUUGAAGAAGUUCCCUUCUUGUCAAAUGCUUUUUAUCACAGGGAGGGGUUGGAUUUUGUCAAAUGCUUUUUUUUGUUUGCAUCUGUUGAGAUCAUCUUGUGUUUUUUGUCCUUUAUUCUAUUAAUGUGACUUAAUACAAUGUUUGAUUUUCAGAUGUUAAACCAACCUUGCAUUCCUGGGGUGAAUCUCAAUUGGUUAUAGUGUUUAAUUCUUUUUAUAUGUUGCUAGAUCCAGCUAGCUAGUAUUUUAUUGAGGAUAUUUGUAUCUUUUUCCAACUCUAUAGUUCUUAGUUUUGGUCUGCGAUUUUUACAGAAUCAGGCAACUUUAACAUUCAUGCAAUGAAGCUCGUCUCUUGCACCCACAUUAACUGAUUGCUCAGAUGACUGGUGCAUCAUUCCAGAAUGCUUUUCCUGGCUUACAGGUUCUCUGUACACCUUACAUGUGCUUACCACCAAAAUGUUCAGUACUCAAUAUAUAAAGAAGUUUUUAAAAUUUUUCACUGCUAUCUACUUAUCCUCUAGAGGAACUAGUUCACAUUUGACAGUAAUUUAAAGAGUAGCCGUGGAAAUGUGAGCUCACUGGCACCUUAUUUCCAAUUUAUUUGGUGAUAAUGUUGUACAGUUUACCAAUUCAUGUCCUAGGACUGGCCGGGUCACACCAUAAUCUAGCUCUGAUGGUGGGGGCUGAGAAGAACCUCCAAAUUGGACUCUGAUGUUUGGGUUCAUCAUCCCUGAUAGUCACAGAAGAGAGCUCUCCGGGAUUCUUUCCAUUUUCUAUCGUACCAGCCACAGUUUUGGACAACAUAAUCACAUAACAAUAUUCAGAUCUUCCCCUUUUGUGACUUCCUUUGGGAGAAGGGAGACAGAAUGCCUAGCCGAACACAUUAGGUACCAAAGCCUUGCCAACUGGUGGCGAAGUCCCACGUGUGGAGCCUCCCAAACUUUGAGUGCAGGGUUCAUUAGGAUAGCUUGUUGAGCAGGUACUGAGACCUGGAUCUGCUUUUUAGUCUGAACGAACUACAUCAGUGGAAAAUGAUGUUUGUUACUUGAUUGGAGCUUUAGGAUUAGGCAACUCUCCUUGUGAUAACUCAGGCCUUUUAUAACUAUUUUCAGAGAAAGAGAGAGAAAGAAAACAAGAGGGAACAACUCUGACCAUGGUCUAAAGCCAGGCUUCUGUCACUAAGCAAUCAAGAAAAAAGCUCAAGUGUCCCUUGCAUAAGUGGGAAUUUGCGGUUUCUAAAGCUGCCCAUUCCCCAAACGACUAAAAGAUGUUAUUGGCAUUUGGCACUGUUUCCUGUGUUUUGCUCUCCUUAAAUUUCUCUUUAAAAGGGUUUGAGUUUAAAGGCAGAACCACUGAAAAAAUGCAAUUGAAUCCUAGAGCUGUGAAAGGCCAAGUCCAGAGUUAACCCCAGGAGGCCCUGUUUUGUUUUUGUUAAGGCGUAUUCCCAGGGGAUGCCAGGAAGUCGAAGGGUAGGCAGAAGAGAAGGAAGAGACUAGUCCAGAUCAGCUCUAGGAUGGCACCACCAUGCGCCAAGGGCUUCCCGCCCUCACCAGGCCAACUGACUCCACGAUGUGCACUGGAAAGACUAGGGGAAAGGGACAGGAAGUUUAGGAAAGACAACCCAGAGCCAAGGGCAAGAGAAAGAAGACUCGCUGGUGGCACAGCCUCCCAUACCACAGGCUGUCAUGGGACAGAACACAAGACUUCCAAGGGCUUCUUGGCCCCAACUCACUUUUUUAAAAGUUGUGUUUUUUCCCUAGAUUAUUAAAGUCUACUCAUGGCACAGAAUUUGGGAAGCACAAACAGUUAGUAGGGAGAAAAUGAGAAAAUAACCGCCAGGCAGGAUGGCAGAGAGUUUCAGAUCCCAGCCCUUGGUAGGUCAGACUUUGAGUCCCAGCUCCACUGGCUCGGCAUCCUCAUGUACAGCGAGGGGAGUAAGAUCUAACGGUGAUGUGAGGAUUCAGUGAGAUCACAUACCUGGCCACGGUUAGCUGCUGCUGCUUCUGCUGCUCCUGUCAUUACCAUUAGCCCACCACCACAGUUAACAAUUGGAUACACAUCUGGCUAGGUCUUUCCUGUGCAUGUAUAGGUAUAAAACAUGGCUUAUUCUUUACAGUAGAUCAAUUUUUAUCUUGCUUUAAAUAACCUUCAGAAGCACUAGCUCUUUUGCUUUCGUGUGGAAGAUUCUAUUGCUAUAGUUGAAUGCCUUUUCCUUAUAAAUAAUACUAGGAUAUACAUCCUUGUAUAAAAUCUUCAGCUUCUGAUUAUUUAAGGUAAAUUCAGAAGAGGAAUUAUUACAGUCAGGGUUUGAACUUUUUAAAAGCUCUAGAUACAUUUUCCUAAAUCUAUACCUGCCAACACAUCAAGUUCUCUCUUCAGAUCUCUGGAGCAUCAGCCAGGGAUUUUAAACACAUACACGCACACGUGCAUACACACACAUUUUUGUGGCAAAAUUUUAGAGGCAAAAAAAAAAAAAAAAAAAAAAAAGAUUCCUCAUCACCGUUUGAUUUUGCCUAUUUUUUUUUUUAUUAUUUGGGAAGCUAAAUGUGUUUUUGCAUGUUAAUUACUACAUUUAAAAAAUUUGAUCACAUCUUUUGCCCAUUUGAGGACAGACUAUUUUUUUUCCCCACUGAGUUUACAUGAGUUCCUUGUAUGUUACGGGUCAUGUUUUUCCUAGUUUUGUUGUUAGUCCUUGGAUUUUAUAUGUGAUCUUUUUGAUAAACAGAAGUUUUCAACUUUUAUGAGUUCAGAUCUGUCCACUUUUCCCUGUUGUGAUUUUUUUUUCCCCUGUGGCUUUCGAAGCCUUUCUCCAUGGUUGAAUCUGAUAAAUGAUAAGUUGCAUUUUGUCUUUUCAAAUAGUUCAUUUCAUACAUUCAGUAAGAAAUUUCUGGGAUUUUUCUUCAUUGUAUAAGUAAGGAUAGAGGGGAAAUUUCCCCCCAAAUGGUUAAGUAGUCAUUUCAGGCCCUUUUUUAGAUACUCCGUCCUUUCCAUGCUGACUUUUGAUUCCAUAUUCAUAUAAUCUAAUUACAUGUGUGUCCUGGGAUCUGUUUCUGAGCAAUCACUUCUAUUUCCUCAGCAGCAAUUCCAAUGGCCAGUACCAAUCAUGUGAAUUUUAUGAUAUUUUCAGGUCUGGUAGCACAACUGUAUCUUCAUAUCCUUGUUUUACAAAAUUGUCUCACUUAUGCCUGCCGUUUUAUCCCUCCAGAUCAACUUUGAAAUCACCUUGUCAACCCAAUUUCCUUUUUAAAUUAUUUUAAUAAUUGUACUGACUCCAAGUUGAAUUUUUGCACUUUUUGUACUUUUUCUUAACAGUGAGAAUUUUUAGCUCGGGACUUGAAAAGAAACACAUGUAGUUUAAACUUAUGUAAGAUUAAUAAGCUAAAAGAAUUAACUUAUUUUACAAUCUUAAAUACAACUAUGAUUGAAUGAUCACAGCCAAAUGCUGCCAAAACUUGUCAGGAGGCAAUUGCAGAGCCAGCCACUUCCUGUCAAGUUAGGAGCCUUUUACAGACUGCGCAUUAAGAUUCAUUUUUGAGGUACAGAAGGAGCUGAACAUGCACCAAAUGUUCAAAUGCUUCAGUGUUUUUUAUUCUACAUAAUCAACAAGAAUGUUAGCUAUUCCAAUGAUAAAAUGCUUUUCAAGAGCAGUUCAAAAAUUGCCCACUCUGGCCUUUCUGGCUGCCCACAGCAUUCAUCCUCUAUUGUCUCAUGUUUGGAGAGCUGACUAGCUCAUCCCUCAGGAAUUGUGCACGUCCCAGGAGCGCGUGAAUCACACGUCCCCUGGAGGCUCUGCUAAAGUGCAUGUGGUGUUUAACUGGCAGCAACCCCUCUGCCCUCUAGGUUCACGCCAUGAAACCAUAACCUCAUCUGGUCAAAGGCUUGCCAUUUUGUUGGGACAAAGUUGGCAUUUAAGUGUUUGGUUCCGGGGCCUGCAGUAGGAAUAUCCCAGAAAUAUCCUGUUUCAGCUUUUUGAAUACAAAGGUUGAAUGCACUUGGAAAGGCCCGAAAUGGAAAUGGAGCAGGACCCAUUCCUCCUUAACAAGUGAUCUGUUUAUACCCAUGGAAGGGCAGCAGAGCAAGAUGGGGUCAGGUAGUGGCUAGAGGCAAAAAUGCCUUAGAAACUAGGUGGCAUUUGGGCCAGGUAUGAGAGCGCGUGCCUGGAGAGGCAUGGUAAUGGAGUAGGAAUGACUAGGCAUGGAAACCAUACGGGCCCGAGUUGAAACUCCAGCUUUGGUGCCUGUUGGUCCUCUGACCAGGCGACCAGUCCCUGAAGCUUUCUAUGCCCAAACUUACUGACCUGUGAAAGGAGUGAAGAUGCUACUUAUCCUGGGCAGUUACAAUAAGAAUUGGAAGUAAAUAUAGAAAACAUCCAGAACUUCUCCAUGAUGAUAGCAAUAGAUAGUAGUUAUCAAGCAAAACUUUUUGAGGGAAUGAUGAGGUAGGCAGGCAUCAUGAGAGCAGGAGACAGAGGCACAGUAGAUAAAAACUAGAAGCAAGUUUGCAAAGAGUGGAUGUACCUAGCUUGUGGGAAGACCUUGCAGGCCAUGCUAAGGAGUUGAGACCUUAUCUUAUAGGGGCUGAGGAGGCCUCAAGGGGUUUUCAUUAAAGAAAUACCAGCUCUAGGAAUGUACUGGAGUGGUUAGCACCGGGCCCUGGGAGUCCAGCUCCCUACUCCACACGUUUAAGCUGGGCGACCUUGAGCAAAGGACAUAAGCCUUAUGAGCCUCAGUUUUAUCACCUGCAAAUUGGCAAUGAUAACAGUAUUGACCUUUCAGGGUUCUUGUACAUAAUAGUUAUUUAUUUAGUGCUCACAGUGUGCCUGCAAAUGUUCCAAGUACUUGUAUUAGCUUAAUGGAGAAAAUGAGUUAAAAAGCUUAGGGAAGUGACUGGCACAAAUUAAACAGUCACUGCUGUGGGGGUGGUACAACAGCUGAUGUCAUUUUCAUCACUUGGUCAGAUAUUUUAAUAAGAUCCUGCUGGUGAUGCCAUAGAGAAUGGGUUGGCGUGGUUGGAGCUGGAGGCCGAGAGAGCAAACAGGGCAAUAGUUUUGCACACGUUUAAAAUUUCCUGGAGUUGUACCUAAGAUCUGUGCACUAUACCUUAUGUAUGGGAUACCUCAAUUUAAUAUAUGAGGUAGCCAAUGAACCCUCUUCUCCCAGCUGACAAGAAGCUACUCACCAACUUCCUGGAGUUUCAAUGAGCUGAGUGCUCUUCACUUAAAAAAAUAAAAUAAAAUAAAUAAAAAUUAAAGGAGAAAGACUGAGGGAACAAAGUAAAAUCCUUUUUUGAUUAACCGUGUGCCUGAAGCACAGAGGGCCCGAGGAAAACCGAAACCUCUACGAUUUGUACGAAACUCUGACCUGCUUGGUAGUUUUCCUUCACUAGAGCUACGAGCAGCAGCACACAACUGUAGAAGAGUCCUCUCUUCUGGCCCAGUGACAUAGAGAUGCCGGAAGGGAGAAAGGCAGGCCAUUGGGUGGUGUGGAGAAGGAGGCAGAUCACGGUUGAUCUGCCCUCAGCCCUCUGGAAAACUGGCCCCUUGCCGGGCUUUCUUUCUUCACACACUUUUCCAUUUAGAUUUUGCCGAAACUCUGAACAUGUCACAUGUGAGCAUGCUAUUCAAAAUGCUUUUCUCUUUGAACCUGAUCUUGUCUUUGAAUGUCCUCCUGUUGUAAAUUCACGGUUUUCAUUUUUUGCUUAAGGCCAAGUCUAAGGCAGGUCAGUCAGCGCAUUGACUUCUCUCUCCUUGGAUUCACACCAAACUACGUGACAAAAAUAUUCAAGUUGGGGAACAGACUUCCCCUGCACAGUACGCUGGGUGGUAUGAAAUUAUUAUAACCUUUGAAUAUCUGGGGAAUGGAUAAAAGGAUCUGAUACCACUACUGUUUCUCCUCCUAGUGACUACAAAAAACACAAUUUAAAGCUAUAGGAAUUUGUUCACCAACCAGGUGAUCAAGAUCAAAUAAUGUCAGGGGAGGGAGCUGUGAGGGCAGGUCAUUUCUGAGAGGGCAGGAAAGAAAAAGUAGAACCGCCAAAGGGCAUUUAAAACAUUUAAGUGAGAUUCAUAGAAAAUGCAAUAUGCAUCAUGAUUGCUUACUUACUGACUCCCAGUUAGGUAUUUAAAGAGAUAAGAUUAAAUGUCUAGAAUUCAGUGAUAAUUAUGUAAACAAAAACCUGACCUUAAAUUGCCUGGUAUUAGAUAGGGCUAUUGACACUCCACAUAUCUUAUAAGUCAUUCUAAUUGAAUGGGGCAGUGUUACCUUCCAAAACCUAAAAACACCCAUAAGUCAGAGAACAUUCUGAUUAGACACACAGGUCUCCUUAGAUACAAGCAUCAAGUCUAAUGCAGUCAUGACAGGUUCACUGAUAGGCAAUUUUCAAGACCUUUUGUGAAAAUAAACAUUAUCAGAGACGAGUAAAAA